ACCAUUAUCGGGUAGAAUACGCAUGCAUAUAGACCAAAGCAAAUCUGAUUGGGUGUUUAAAUUUGACCAAUCCAAAAUUAGUAUGGCUGAAAGGGCAAAUAAAUAUUGUAAGUUCACGUUAAUUACGUGAAAUAUGCAAAAGCUGAAUUCGUUAAUUGUGGUUAUUAAGUGUCUCAUAUACUAAAGUAGUCCUGUACAAAUCUUUAAGAUUCUGAACGAAAGUUAUCUGACUAGAAAUUGUUUAAUUGACUGAUAUGUUCCGUUUGCAAAUAUUGACGGAAGGAAUUAUAAUUAAAAUAAAAACUUCUAACGUGAUAUUCUAAUACUCAACACUGAUUCGGAUUUAUUUAUUGUCCUGCAUAACAUUCAUUUGUGAUCCUGUCCUUUCAAUGGAUUCUUAGUUAUUUCUUCUGAUACGUAUCUUCACUCUGGAGAACUUACUCCUUGUAAUUGCGUCUUGACGAGGUAGCUAGUACUUCAGCUGUAAAAAGUAACAAUAUAACUUCAAAUGUAAAUAUACUUUAUUAAUAAUUCUCACAAAUCAAAAUAGAAAUGCGUUCAGUAUUUACAAAAAAACCAAAAAUGAAAUUAAAUUCGAAAUCAAAAGUUGAGUUGAAUGCAAAAGAAAAUGAGUCAGUAUUACCUUCCGAAGAGAAAACUUUGUUAGAGGAACAAAAUGAAGAAUUACGAGAUAAAUAUUCAUUUAAACGUAAAGAUGAAAAAAAGAAACCACGCUCAGGUAGCAUGACAUCUUCAUCUUCAGAAGUAUAUAUACGCCGUGGAUUAGGUGUAUCAGUUACUUUUGAAUCUACUCUACCCACACAAAUAUGGCAAGCGUCACCAAGUCCCUCACCACCGUUAAGUGAGAAGAUGAAAAAUGAUACAAAAGGUGUGUACAAAAACUGUGCUUCUGGUUCUUCUAAUCAAAAAUGGAAUUCAGAAGGAUCAAAUACAAGAAUUCGGAUGAGUAAACAAAGUUUUCAUGGCAGCUUAAAUAAUAUUGAUGAAUUGGAUGAUAGUAGUGAUGAGACAAAUCCAUCUGGCUUAAGUUAUCCAUCCUUAAGUAGUUGUACAAGCAGUGAUGAAACAACAACUAGUCAGGAAAGAUUGAAUCAUCCCCUAGGUAGCAGUACAUCUGAUAGUAGCUCCAGUCUAGAUUUACACGUAAUACAGAAUAACGGACCACAUUCCAAACGGCGAAGUAGUGAAAGGCAUCAUAAAAAUAAAAAAGAUAAAGAAGAUGAACGAUAUAAGAGUCGUAGAGCGGUCAAUGAAAAACGCCGCCAAUAUACAACCCAAAGUUUGAGCAGUAGUAGCACAAGCAGUGAAGAAGAUUUAGAAGCUUUCGGAUGGGAUGAGAAGACUAUUUCUGCUCUCACAAACAGAAGUAAAUGUAACAAACAAUGUUCAAUAUUUCCCUCAAACGGGAAGUUUGAUUUGCGUUCUAAGAAUGUAAACGAUUGUUUGGCGAGUCCGAAAAGGUUACCACAAGGUCAAAGAAUGGAUUUACGCUGGAAACCAGAUGCAGGACUGGCGAAAUUAAAACUCUCCUCCCCUGUUAGAAUAUGUAAUCAAUUUCAUGUAGAUACACCUGUUAUUCAUCCCCAAACCUGCAUAUUAUCUCGAAGACUAAACCCUUUGAUUCAAUCUAGUUCGCCUAAUGCAGCAAAUAUAAAAUCACACCCCAUAGUACCCAACAGUAGUUACGCACAUAAUUCUCUUAAUAAUAAUGAACUGCUAGCAGUUGUUAAUACUGAUUUUCGUCCAUCAGCAGAAUGGAAAGAAAGGUACAAAUUAUUAAGUGUUCGUCAAGGAGAGUAUGUUUGCGUUCUAAAUCACAACCUACAAAGUUCAACAAACAACGGUGCUGUGGAUGAUAAAACCAAAUAUACGGGAAUCCAACAGAAAGUAAUGUUUCCUUUGACAGAAAAUAACUUUUGGUUCUAUGUACGUCGGUGGUGUGUUGACCACUUAGUGGCCACAGGAACACCAGGGUAUAUUCCUCGUCAAACCUGUAGGGUUUUGUCGAACUGCGAAAUUAGUAGUCUGAGGUGUUCAAGUCAGAAGGCAAGAACGCCGUGGGAUAGAGCCUCCAAUGCCCACUUUGUAUCAAUGACUGAUCCUCAAAUUAGUGAGAGUUCCAGCUCAAAGAAUGGAGUCAUGCAAGCAAAUAAUGAAUUUAGACCACCGCAACCAACAACAAAUAAAGAGUUAACAAAUAGAAACCCACAUACCAACGCAACGUGUCCAAAUCAAGUUGGUAUGGUAUUUAGCACACAAAUAGACAGACGAAAUCCUGUCUAUUCAUUGCAAAAUUUCACACCAGACACAUCAGCAAACUUCCUACCACCUCCGCCACCGGGUUUCGGUUCUGGUGCAUCAAUUGGUUCUGAAACAGAGGAUAAAGACUCCGGAAGGGGCCCGAGUUCUGGCUCAGAAUGGGGUAGUGGCCGUGGGGGUAGUUCAAAUAUUACAUUAGACAGAUCUGUAGUCGAACAUACUUCAAGUGAAAUAGGAUUAGACUUCCAGGGAUCACAGCAGAAUAGGCGUUCGAGAAAUGUUAAAAGUGCAGAAGAAUCUCAACUCGGUUGGUAUGCUCCAACAGGACUAGCAUGGUCUGAGCGGGGUUUCCACGAAGGAGAAGAAUCAUUAUCACGUGACUCAGCAUUUCAAAGUCCUAACACAGACAACUUAACACCACCAGUACAUAUGAAAGAUGUUAAUCAAAAUCUCCCCACACAGCAAACGUAUCCACCAUCCGCAAUAACACUGACCACUAUUACUGGAAACACUCCAGUUCUAGAGAUGAGACACAAUGGUACUCCAACAUUAUGUGCUCGAGGAGUCCCCUUGGCAAUAAGUACAAACGGACCUGACAGUUUAGCUACAAGUACAACCACUUGUGCUACAGUAGUUGACAUAAGAGAAAUACAAGACGACAACUUAAAUAAUAUGAAGACUGGUCCAUCGACAAAAUAUCGAGUACCCACCCCAGAUCCUUCAUGUUGGGAACCUUAUAAAACGGUGAUUCAUGUUAAUGAAACUAGUCUUGAGAAAUUUACCCUUGUGUAAAUAAACAAAGCAAAACUUUUGCCUUACCAAACAAGAAUUUUCAGAGUAUAAUUACCCCUCUCACGAUUCCUAAGCAGUGAGGAAUAACGAGUCUUAUUUACCUUUUAUCUUCUAAUAGUUGAUUGCAGCAACAGAAUAACGACAACCAAACAAGUAAAUCGGAAGCACUUUUAUUGAUUUCAAGUAAAUCACUUUCAUUAUUACUUAUCUAUCUAAUUUGUACUUGAAAACUUCUACUGAUCUAUAGAUCAUAUGUAAAUAAACUUCUCCUAUCUUCUUUUUUCAAUAAUACAAAUUUCCAGUUCGAGUGAAUUAUCAAGUGUAAAAUUUGAAAUUAUAUAUAAAAGCUGCAAACCAUUAUUGUGUUGUUGUUCUUUGGGAUAUAUGGUAUAGUUUUUGGCGCGUUCCUUCCCAACCAAGCUUCUUUACGACGUUCUAAAUUACCGUAAAGUGUAAACAAGGAAACGAACAACUUUCUAUUAAAGUAAGCCGUAGGGUGAUAAGCGCACAAAUUGCCA